UCCAAAACAUGUUUCCACUCACAUUGCAUCAAGUUCUAGAGAGUGAGCAAAGAGUAGUGUCAAAAUGCAGAAUCACGCACAUAAGUGGUUGAUCAUAGUAACUUUUGUACAACAGUGCUUCUCCGUUGACAUUGACACCCCUCAAGGACAAAUUCGAGGUCUCACGCAAACCGCUCGAAAUGGGGACACCUUUGCCGCGUUCUUAGGGAUUCCAUUUGGUGAGGCUCCCAUUGGAUCAUUGCGUUGGCAAAAACCACGACCUUACCUGAGCUGGGAGGGAGUCCGUGAUGGGACGAUUCACGGGAACGAGUGCCUUCAAGAUGAUGUGCACCAACCCUCGAUUCAAACAGGUGAUGAAGAUUGUUUGUUUUUGAAUGUUUUCACCAAGCAUCCAGGUGAUCUGGAAGCCAAAAAGAAUGUGAUCGUUUGGAUCCACGGUGGAGCCUUUAUUUUUGGCGGAGCCAAGAUCUAUAAUCCCGAAUAUAUCAUGGAGGAAGAUGUGGUGGUGGUAGUGAUCCAAUAUCGUUUGAACAUUUUUGGAUUCCUUUCCACUGAAGAUCAAAACGGACCCGGAAACUACGGAUUAUGGGACCAAUUGGAAGCGCUGAGAUGGGUCCAAAGAAAUAUUCAGCACUACGGCGGUGACCCUUCAAAAGUCACACUAAUGGGCAUGAGUGCUGGAGGAGCUAGUGUCCACUACCACAUGCUUUCCAAACAAUCGCACAAUCUGUUUCACAAUGCCAUAUCCCUCAGUGGAUCGUCCAUGAACUGGUGGGCCCAGAUUAGACACCCUAAGAAGUAUGCUAACAAGUUAGCCAGUGUUGUAAAAUGUGAAAGAGGCAAUUCCCUGGAAAUGCUGGAUUGUAUGCGAAAUAUUCCGGCGGAAAAUCUGGCACUCCUACAGAAGAGAUUCUUUUUAUAUAAGUCUGAUAAAGCCUAUCGAGAGCCUAUGAAUGUGUUCUCGCCCCGAUCAGAUCCCGAAGAUCUCGAAUCCUCCUUCUUGCCACUUCAUUCGUUCCAAGCCAUGAAGGAGGGUCAUAUCAAUCAAGUACCUUAUCUAACUGGCUACACGGAAAAAGAGGGCAUUUGGCGAGGAGAUUUGCUACUCCCGGAAGAAAAGGAUUCUCCCAUUUGGGCCGACUAUGUAGGCGAGUUCUCAAGAGUGUUUCCAUUGUCAUUGGGAUUGUUCGGAAACACAACAGAUAGAGGCAAUGAUAUUGUGGAAAAAAUCAAGCGAUUUUACCAACUUGACAACCUUAGAGAGGAUCAUCUGACGGAAGAUGCCAUUCAUAAUUUCAUAGACGUGCUGAGCGAUUCUAUGUUUACCUAUGGAAUUGACAUCACGGCAAAACUGCACGCCGAGCGAUCGGAAGCACCCACUUACUUCUAUUUUCUAAAAUACCCGCUGGAACACACUCUGGCAAAUUUUGGAUCCUCCGGGAUCGCUUUGCCCAUUUGGGAACCGCUCAAAUUGGCUUCCCAUGGAACCGACAUGCUCCUAUUAUUUAACAUGUUCCCAAUGUUUGAACCCAUGUCAGAUAGGAGUGAAAAGGUCUCAAGGGAUUUCAUCAAAGUUAUUUUGGACUUCGCAACUCAUGGCAGAUCCACCAUUCACCACGAUUGGAAACCAUUACAAGUGGAGAAGCCAAACUAUUUGGUGUUCGGCGAACAGUUUCAAGUGGUUCAAGAGGAGCUUCCAUUUCAGGAACGAAUUCGUUUUUGGGAGUCUCUCAAUGUGUUCUGGAAUUAUGAAUUCUCUACAUCUAAUUGGAGAGACGAACUUUGAUUUUCAAAACAUUUCUUUUCCUUCCUGAAUUGGUUUGGAAAAUCGCUCAAGUUGAUUUAAGUAAAACGUCGCAGACUUGGUUUAGUGGAUAGCGCAUGUGAGGGGUCCCCGGUUCGAUUCUCCUCCCCGACCUAUCUCAAGGAAACUUUUAGACGCUAACCACACCUAACAACGGAGAACCAACCUGAUAAGGACAAUGUCACUGCCUAUUGGAAAUAAAUUCGACAAUGUGACGGCUAGCUUCGUUGGCCGGGCAAGGUUCCCCCUCUGAUCCUAGCACUCCAAAUACAAAAAUACCAUGCUGAUUUCGAGACAAGCAAGACAAAAGCUUACUUUGAGGUAUAGCCGAUCCUUAUUCAUGAAAUACAAGUGAAAAUUUCCCAAGUUAAAUAA